GAAUUUCCUUGAAGGCAAUCAACACAUGCCAAUAUACAAAAAAAGAGGGAUAACAACCUCUCGCGCUUCAUUUACCACUCCAGAAUUGAUCCAGUCCUCCCAAUUUCAUGCGCGAACCACACUCCAAGUACUGUAACCAACAAUCUCAUCACCAUCACCUUAGUCAGCUUCAUGCGUCUCUCUCGCUUUACUUGCUUAUACCAGUCCUGUGUCGCGACGGCAUCAUAGUGCUCAAAGUAUGUCUUCCGCAUCCACCACCAAAACAGUGGUGCGCCACCAGGGAAUAUGACUGUAACCUUCUCGUUCUUCCCGCUUCGAUACCCCGAAAGGCAAUCGGGGAAGACGGAACGAGCAGACGAGCCUGAAUCUUGGUGUUCCAGUCAUCCGUGGGCUGAUGCAUACUGUGACGAACCCCGUGGACAGAAUGAUAACAUCGAAUGGGAAUUUCUCGCCUUCAUAAUAGAAGAUGAGAGAUGGCGGGCCGAUUGGAAACUGCGUACCUUUCUUUGUAAUGAUGUCGUCUCCGACUACGGUAUCAAUACCAUCCCAAUUGAGUCACAUGUUCGGGCGAUGCAGCGACUCGAGAUAGAAACCAUUGACAAUGAGUCGUCGACAUCCGACCUCUGUCGAGACAUCAGACAUCGAAGUAACACCCAAAAAGCAAAGGCGCUGACUAAAAUGCGGCAAGUCGUUCUUGAAAAGAGAAUCGGGUUAUCAUGCAACCUCAUUUUGUCUGCUGCCAGUCUCGAGUUCUUGACCUUCUACGUGCGAUGCAAAGCCCUGUACCUCUCCGCAUCAAAAGCCGGAUCAAAGUUCGAAUUCGAAGAAAAGCAUGAGGGAGAGAGUCCCUGCCGGCACAAGGCGGUACACCGUACCGCCCAGUUGUCAUUUUCCAGCAACAACCAUACGACCACACAUGCACAAACGUUCAGAGUCGGAAGUAGCGUGAGUAGCAUGCGUAGAAUGGAAGUGUACCAGGGAGGAAACCAGCUCCCGUCACCACAGGCGAAGCACUUCGUUUAG